GGGCAACCAGAUGUACAGCUCCCUGGAGAAGAGGUACGAGGCCCUUGUUAAGACGGUCCGGAACUUCGAGGGGGACCUCGCCGACCACAACCUCGCGACGGACAAGCAGCGCACGGACACGCGGCCCGAGGAGGUGCACCACAUGUUCCAGGUCAUGAGGCAGCAGAACGAGCAGCUGCGCAGCGACGUGGAUCAGAUCUUCCUCGAGAAGCGGGGCCACGAGGAGGAGAUCGCCAGCAUGGACCAGGAGAUCUCGGCCAUCUCCCGUGCCGCCGAGGACCGCCUGAGCGAGCUGCACCCCGACCAGAGGCGCGAGUACGAGGACCUCAGGGAGGAGAGCGUGCGUCUCGGCCAAGAGCUCUCCGACGCCCGAGAAGAGUUGGACCACGCGAGCGGCCGCCUCAACGCGGAGGAGGGCAGGCUGCGAGCCGACUUCCUCCGGAGCCGGUUUCAGCAGCUGUCGGAGGUGAAGGCGGAGCUCGCGGAGCGCCUGGCGGUGCUCGACCAGGAGAUACAGCAGUGCAAUAUGAGCGUCCCUGAGCAGAGGGAACUGCUGCUCAGUAAGGUCAAGAGCGACAAUGCCGACAUCGUGGUCGCUGAGAAGCGGACAUUUGAGCUGAAGACGGAGAACGAGAACCUCCGUGCCCUCAUAAAGCAAGUAGCCCACGACGCGCAGGAGAAGAAGGACGACCAGGAUCAGCAGAAAUAUGAGGUGCUGUUCACCAAGGACCAGGAGAUGACCCAGUUCAUAGAUUCGUUCCCCGCCCUGAAGGAGGAAGAGGAGAGGAAGCUGGCGGACAAGCAGCAGAACAUCAAAGUGUUGCUAGAAAAUAUUUCGAAGAUGAUGGCGCUCUCUGCCGAAACGUCACCCGACGCCCACUUCAGCGACCUGCAGGACGACCUCGAUUUCAAGAGUCGCCAGCUGCAGAACGCUGAGAACACCCAGUCGCGCUUAGAGCUCGACCUAGCGAAGCGAGAGAGCGAGCUAGAGAAAAUCGAAACCUUGGACGUGAAGAUCUCGCAGGAGCUGAAGCAGGUCGAGGAGAAGAUGCACAAGUAUGAACAGGAGAUUGCGGGCAAGUACGACAACAUCGGUGCGAUGACACAACAGGGCGAGUCGAAGUGCAAGGAGCUCGAGGCCUACAAGAAAGCGCUCGAGGCUCGUGUGUCAGCGCUGAGUCAGCAGGUCAGCUUCGUGAAGAUUGGCUUCGAAGCUAGGCGCCAGCAACUUGCGGACGACAAGACAACGUCCAAUCUGGAGGCUCAGGAGCAGCAGAUCAAGCACUACGGCGCGAACUUGUACAACCUGCGGACAAAGAUCGGCGAGAAGGAGAAGGAGACAGACUUCGGGACGGACAAGAACGCCUGUCUCGACUGGGCCUCCCAGCUCAACAGAAUUCUGCAAGAUGCGAUGCUGCGGCCCCAGUAG